GCUCGGCUGGUUGACAGUUGCGAAACGCAAUUCGUUUUAUGUUGCAGCUUCUUUUGGCAUUCAGCUGCCUGUGGCCCUUGGAGUGGGCGCAGGCGGUGUUCCUGCAGGAGUGCGAGGGCGUCAUCAUACGGCGCAUACCCAACCCCAAUCUGGAGUGCAGCGAGUAUGUCUACUGCAAUGGCGAUGACUCCUACUACUGCAAUGGCGAUUGCUCCGAGCCCGUCGUUUGCUAUGACAACGUGGAGGAGCCCGAGCAGGAGACGGAGCAGACGACCUUGAGAACUACGACGCUGUUGACAGAGUCAACUGCUAGCAGCAGCCGGAUUACAGAGCUCCCACCAUCAACUACACCCAGCAGCAGCAGCACUCGCACCACUCGCACCACUAGCACCUUUCGCACCACAACUGCAGGCAAUCUUCAAGCGACCUGCAAGAGCAGCGCUCAAAAUGGCGUCUAUCCAUAUCCAGCGAACGAUAACUAUUACUAUCAGUGCUUGGCCGGCUAUCUGCUGCUGCAGCAGUGCCCGCAGCAUUUCCACUUCAGCGAGGCGCAGCGGCAGUGCAUUAGCUCAAAGUCUUAUCAAUUGUAAGAGUACCAAUAAAAACGUUCAGAUUUUCGCAUGACAAGCG